ACGCGAGCCAAUUCACCCAGGCUUGCGGGCAGUCUCCCGUGGCGCACCGCAGGUAUAUGGCCAGCACCUUGUUGACGAUCUCCGACUGACCGUCCGUCUGAGGAUGAAAUGCCGUGCUGAAGCGGAGCUGGACGCUGGCCAUCUUGAACAGGUCACGCCACAUGUGGCUCGUGAAGACUGGGUCCCGGUCGCUGACGAUGGACGUCGGGAAGCCGUGAAGCCGAACGAUGCCGUCGAAGAAGGCGCGGGCGACCGACGAAGCCGUGUACGGAUGGCUCAAGGCGAUGAAGUACGCAUACUUCGAGAAGCGGUCCACCACGGUGAUGAUGACCGACUUCCCGCUGACCUUGGGCAGUCCCUCGACGAAGUCCAUCGAGAUAUCCGCCCACACCUGGGAGGGAACCUCGAGGGGCUGGAGCACUGGCUGCUGCGUCGGCGUCUUGUUGCGCUGGCAUGUCGGGCAGGCGCGGACAAACUCCUGCACCAGCCGCCUGUCGUGGGGGACGUAGAAGUCGGCGCACAGAUGCUGUAGGGUCUUCUGGACGCCCUCAUGGCCUGCUGAAUGGACCAAUGAGAGCACCCGCUGGCGAAGGUCAUCCUGGGCAGGCACGAAGAUGCGCUUGCCGUGGAGGAUGAGCCUGGCGUCCCAGCGCCAAGGAGCCGUGAGGCCCUCACCCUGGUGCUGGGCGGCCUCGCUGUCGGUGGAGGUAGCCGCCCGAAUGUCGUCGAUGAGGCUGAAGGACGGCCCGGAGAUGGCGUGGAGCGCCACUGCAUCGUCGGAGUUGGACUCGCUGUCGCGGCGCGAGAGGGCGUCGGCCGCGGAGUUGAGGCGCCCCGGACGAUACUCCAUGGCGAAGUCGAAGCCGAACAGCUUGGUGAGCCACUGGUGCUGCGGGAUCGUGGACAGCCGCUGGUCGAGGAGGUACUUCAAGCUGUAAUGGUCGGUGCGGACUAGGAAGCGGCGCCCCCAUAGGUAGGGCCGCCAGUGCCGCACAGCCUAUACCAGGCCAAUGAGCUCCCUCUCGUAGGCCGCCAGCUUGACGUGGCGGGCGGCGAACGGCCUGCUGAAGAAGGCUAGGGGUCCAGCCCCCUGGUGGAGUACGGCGCCAAACCCGGUGCUGGAGGCGUCGCAGUCGACCACGAACUGCCGCUCGAAGUCCGGCAUCUGCAGAACCGGGCCGGUGGAGAGUGCCUGCUUCAGCGCCGCAAAAGCCUCAACUGCUACCGCAGUCCAGGCGGAGGCCUCCUUGUGUAGGAGGCGAGUCAGGGGGGCGGCUAUGGCCCCGAAGUCCCGGAUGAACCUCCGGUAGUACCCGGCGAGUCCCAGAAAGUCGCGAACGCCCCGGGCCGAGCGGGGCUCAAGCCAGGAUGCCACAACCUCCACCUUGGCGCUGUCCAUGGUGACGCCCCCGGCCGAGAUGACGUGGCCGAGGUAGGCAACCGAGCUGGAGCCGAAGGAGCAUUUGGAGCGCUUGAGGUGGAGGUCGUGGGCGCGGAGCGCGUCGAAGACGAGGCGGACGUGCUGUAGGUGCUCGGACCACAAAGAGCUGUAGAUCAGGAUAUCAUCAAAGAAAACAAGCACGAACCACCGAAGGAACGACUGCAGGACGUCGUUCAUGAGCGCCUGGAACGUGGCCGGCACGUUGGAGAGUCCGAAAGGCAUGACGAGGAACUCGAACUGCCCGUGGUGGGUGCGGAACGCCUUCUUCUCCACGUCGGCCAAGUGCAUACGCACCUGGUGAUAGCCGGAGCGCAAGUCCAGCUUGGUGAAGAACUUGGCGCCAUGCAGCUCGUUGAGGAGCUCGUCGACUACCGGGAUCGGGAACUUGUCCUUGGAGGUCUUGUCGUUCAGCGCGUGGUAGUUGAUGCAGAAGCGCCAAGUGUUGUCCGUCUUCUUGACCAGCAGCACAGGCGCCGAGAACGGGGAGGUGCUGGGUCUAAUGAUGCCCUGAGAUAGCAUCAUGGCACACUGGCGCCUGAGCUCGUCCUUCUGCAACUGGGGGUAGCGGUACGGGCGGACCGCCACUGGAGCCGUGCCCGGUUGGAGGUGGGUCCUGUGGUCGUAGGGGCGGGACGGAGGCAGCCUGCGCGGCUCAGCGAAGACGUCGUCGUACUGCUGGAGGAGGACGUCGAGGAGGGGGCGCUCGGGGUCGACGGCCACGGCCCGCAGGCUCAGCUCGAAGAUGUCGUCGCGGGGGGAUCCAACCCCCCGCCAGAAGACGCGGCGCCCGUGUCACAUGAACGCCAUGCAGAAGUCCUCGAAGUCCCACCGGAUGGGACCCAAGGUCCGCAGGUAGUCGACGUCUAGGAUGACGUCGAAGCCGCCCAGGUCAAUGCCGAGGCAGCUGAUGGUGAACUCCUCCUUGCCAAUGUGCAAGGCGAUGUUGCGGGCCACCACCCCGCAAGGCACGCGGUCGCCAUUGGAGACCGUCACGUGCGUCUUGGUCGCCGAUGUCGCCAGGCCCAUGCGACGCAUCAGGCCCAUGUGGACAAAGUUGUGUGUCGAGCCGCUGUCGAGGAGGGCCGUGAGGCGGUGACCAAGGAUGUAGACAGGUACUAGCAUCGUGUCCUCAGUAUGGAUGCCGGCGAUGGCAUGCAAGGAGACCACCGCGGCCGCCGCGUCGUCCUCGUCGUCGGACGUGUAGUCGCUGACCUUCAGGAAGAAGAGGCGCUGCCACUAGUUCCCGCGGACGUAGGGCUUGUCACAGUUGUAGCAGAGGCCCUGACGACGGCGUUCCACCAUCUCAGUAGGGAGAGCCGGUGGAACUGUCAAGGCGGUGGCAACGGAAGGGCCGGCGCCGGGGCUGCUGGUGCGGGCAGCGCUGGGGGGCCGUGUGUGGCGCAGCUGGUGGCGGCGGUGGCAGGCGCUGGGAUAGGCGCCUAGCACGCUGGGACGGAGCGGUCGCCGUGGUAGCCGCGCGAUGCUCGAAAGACCGGGCCAAGUGCUUGGCGGUCUGAAGAUCCUGGGGUGUCCGGAGCUCUACGUCGACGCGGAUGUGAUCCGGGAGGCCACCCACAAAUAGGUCGGCCUUCUAGCGUGGGGAGAGCUCCGGCGUGUGGCACACCAGGGCGUUGAAACGCUCCUAGUACUCCUAGACGGUGCCGUGCCAAGGGAGCCGUGCGAGCUCCGAGAGACGGUUGCUGCGGACGGCUGGACCGAAGCGCUGGUUGGCGAGUUCCUUGAAGCGCUCCCACGACGGCAUGCCCUCGUCCUGCUCGAGGGCAUAGUACCAGGUCUGCACCACCCCGGUCAUGUGGUACGAAGCGAGCCAGACCCGACCCGAGGCCAAUGUACGCUGUCCUCGGAAGAACUGCUCGCAAUGGUGGAGCCAGUUCAGGGGAUCGUCGGCGCCGUCGUAGGAUGGGAAGUCGAUCUUGCUGAAGCGGGGGACGCCUAGGCGCUCGUUGAAGCCGCCGGUCCCUGGCGCGGACGGCGCACCGAACGCGGGAAUGUCGAAUGUAGAUGGGAUCGGCGACGGCGAGUGGGGGAACGGGAUGUUGGUGAUGGGCAGGAAGGGCGCCGUCGUUGGGGGCGCCGUCGACGAGGAGCUCGCCAGCGUAGUCGACCCAUAGCCCGGCAUCCUAUAGGGCAUGGAGGCGCUAGGGUUUGGGGGCGCGGACCAGCGCGCCUCCGCGGCGGAGAUGCGCUCCUCCAGGCCGCUGAUCAGCUUGGUGAUCAUGACGGCGAGCUCUUCCAUCGUGGUUGGCGGCGGCGAUGGCGAUGGGGGGCUCUUUCCGUCGCCUGGCAUAGCUGAUACAAGGUUGAUAGGAUCGUUGAUCCUACAGCGACUGCGUAGGGCGUAGGGACGAGAGGAGGGAGGAGGAGGAGGCUUGCGCAGCUGCCGGCGAGUGUGCGCCAUGGCUGCGGGCAUGGGCGACGGUGGAGGCGGCGGCGUGCGCGAGAGGGAGAGGGAGUCGCGAGAGUUAUGGGUGGCCCCGUGAGGCCAACUGAGAUCCAAUUCUCAGCCUAUUUUUUCCAAUCCAGAGUUCUCCUAUUUAACUUACAAAUAUUGCGACUUAUGGAAAUAAACUUGACCCCUAAGGAAAAUAGAUCGUGGCCCUCCUAGCCAUUUGCGCGCCGCCGCCGCCGCCGGUACGUGAUCAGCGGCGCCGGUUGGGGCGCUUGCGCCUGAGGCGCCUGGGCCGGCUGGGCGUGGCCCAUAACAUAUGGGGCCAUGCAAACCAGCACUGAUUUCUGUAACACCCAUUAACUCGCGCUUACUGGAGUUUGCAUUCCAGUGAACUGUCUGAACUGAGCUCUCAAGCACUUAAUCCACGACCCUUUUCAUUGCAGCGAGUUGCUUUAUUCUAUCUUCUCUCCAGUCCUUUUUCGUUUACAGGCUUACUGGAUCUGCGGUAAGAAAUUCCAGGUUUUACAAAGAUGAUACAGUAUAAGCAGGCAACCGCAAAGAUCACCAAUUUCCAAUUGCCAUUUCAUCAGACAACCAGGCAACCGCACUGAUUUCUGUCCAUCUUGAGAUUACGUAUUUUGUGCGUUCCAGGAAAUUGCCAGUGCAAGAUAACGCACCAUGAGGAGAGAUAACGCACCAUGAGGAGAGGUCAAUUCCUGUCCCAGAAUACUGAACCAGUAAAUCACUGGUGCCAGUACAAAGAUGCCUCUUUGAGCUGUAAAUAUCGCACUGGAAAUUUCGGUUCCCGAAUCUAUGUAUCACUCAAUCCAGGACUGAUACGCUCGUCUUAUCUGAAUUUCCAUCCCGGUGAAUAUAAUCUGCGCAAGCCAGACACGUGCCACUGCAUGAUCACCAUCAUGGUUCAUCAGGACAGGUCAAAUCCAGUUUACGGAAUCAGAAUACUGAAGCGACCUUCCACUGAAUCCCAAAGACACCUGAUUACGUCACUACAAAUUUACAUUCUUAACGUACGUAUCAUGAAUGCCAGGAGUGGUUGCUGUUCUCUGAAGUCUGGACACUCACCCUUGUGCUUGUUAUACUGACGGUCAUAGGAAAACGAAGGCUCUUUUGCACUGUAUAAGUGACGGUUACAUUCUCAAGUUGCAGUGGCAGCACCACUUGUGAAAUGAAAUAUUCCAAUUCCAUAGCCACAGAAAGCCUUGCAUCUUUCUCCACGCCUCCUUUUUCUAUCAGUAUAUAUAUGCGUCUUCGUCUCUACCUUACAAUUCAGAACAACACAAAAAUUAGAGUCUAGCUGACAGUCACGCCCCUCAAACUGUUCUGCAAUUCCUUCAGCGCUGACAUCAUCGUACCUCUGAACCGACCCCAGUUCUGUUACAGUGCAUUUUCUCGAGAGAUAAGCAGUCGAUGGCUGCGCCCAUGGCGUCGGACGGUGGUCUGAGGCGUCUGUUCGAGAAGCCGCUGCCGGAGAACCCGACUCUGCUGGAGGCGCUGUCGGCGUGGAACCGCAACAUCCACCCCAACAAGCCCAUCGACCCGGCGUCCCUCACCGAGCUCUUCGGCGAGCUCCACUUCCAGGAGAAGCAGCAGCCGGAGCGAGCCAUCCUCAUGUCGCAGCCACCGCCUGGCCCUCCUCCGCGCACGGCGUCGUGGCUCGAUAUUGCCGCCGAGGCCGAGAUGAGCAACCUAAGCAAGGACGACUCGUCGCUGGACGGGCUCCUGAGGCCCAAGCCGGCGAGCACCGUGAAGAGGAGCGCGAGCUUCUGCAUGAAGAAGAGCUCCGCGUCCCUGCUGCUGUGCACGGAGGGCCUCGGCUCCGAGAGCACCGUGGACGCCGACGACAUGCUCAAGGACGGCGACGCCGAGGCCGCCGCGCUUAGUGAGCACAGCAACAGCAAGGAGACUGGCACGGAUAGAAGCAGCCACGACGUGAAGGACGACACCGCCGGCGCCGUGGAAGAAGGAAAGGCGGAGAAACGGCCGCCGUCGUUCCCGCCGCCGAUACGGUCGAUCGGGCGCGGCGGCGGGAAGCCGCGCGUGUGCUUCCGAUCGUUCCGGGAGGAUGGGCGGUUCGUGCUGCUGGAGGUGGUGAUCCCCGGGAAGGAUCACCUGCAGGCGACGCGCGAGGGCGGCCGGCUCAGGCUGCAGUUUGCCAACGGCGCCGCCGCAGCAGCCAUAGCGGCUGGCGGUGUGGGCGUCGGCGAGGAGCUUGUUGGAUAAUCCAGACUCGGUCGUGUGCAUGGCCUAGCUAGAAUAAAGGAGCUCAUCGUUGGCCACGAUGAUAGCGUCGUUGGACAGAGCAUCUGCAUGAACACAUGCAGUGGUGUUCCUUUCUAUCCGUUGAGUCCUAGGGGUAGUGGAGGCGAGGAGCUAGUCUUCAGGUCGAGGGAUGGCGCGAUCAAAACGGAGGCGUGGGAAUCGCAGCGUCGUGGCACAGUUUAGCCACUUGAUUUCAGUUGUAAUUUGGAGUAUAAAUCUGUUAUCAAUACAUGAAAAACGUCUGUCAGUUGGGCACCAAAACUA